UUUAAAUUAUUUCUUGUCAUCAUUUUUCUUGAUAUCUCUCACGUGAGGAGGGAAUCUUUUCUUCUUCCGCCAGGGCCCAAUCGCCUUUGAGGACGUGGCUGUGGAUUUCUCCCUGGAGGAGUGGGUUCUCCUGAAUCCGGACCAGAAAGCCUUGCACAAGCAGAUCAUGGAGGAGAUGAAUGGGAUUGUGGCCUCUCUUGUAGAUAACGGGGAGAAGAGCCAUGUAUGCACCAAAUACAGGAAGCAUUUGGGACACAACGGGUGCCUUCAUCGACACCAGCAAGCCCACAGAGAAGAUGGAGGUUCUGCCAGAGAAAGGCCCAACAAAUGCAUUGUAUGUGGGCAAUGUUUUACCCAAAAUGUGGCACUUGUCCUUCACAAGACACUUGAUGUUGGGAAAAGCCAUCUUAAAGGGAAAGUAUCUGCAAAAUGUGUGGUGAAACACAAGGAAUUUCACACAGGUCAGGAACAAUACAGAUGCCAAGAGUGUGGGAAGUGUUUUGCUUCCAGUUCAGCCUUGGUGAGGCUCAAAAGACUCCACACAGGAGAGAAGCCACACCAAUGUCAGGAGUGUGGGAAAUGUUUUGCUGAAAGUUCAGCCUUGUUGAGCCACAAAAGAGUCCACACCAGGGAGAAGCCAUACAAAUGCCAGGAGUGUGGGAAAUGUUUUGCUUUCAGUUCAGCCUUGGUGAGGCACAAAAGAGUCCACACAGGAGAGAAGCCAUACAAAUGCCAGGAGUGUGGGAAAUGUUUUGCUUUCAGUUCAAACUUGAUGAGCCACAAAAGACUCCACACAGGAGAGAAGCCAUACAAAUGCCAGGAGUGUGGAAAAUGUUUUGUUGACAGUUCAGCCUUGGUGAAACACAAAAGACUCCACACAGGAGAGAAGCCAUACCAAUGCCAGGAGUGUGGGAAAUGUUUUGCUGACCGUUCAGCCUUGGUGAAACACAAAAGACUCCACACAGGAGAGAAGCCAUACAAAUGUCAGGAGUGUGGGAAAUGUUUUGCUGACAGUUCAACCUUGGUGAGCCACAAAAGACUCCACACAGGAGAGAAGCCAUACCAGUGCCAGGAGUGUGGGAAAUGUUUUGCUUGCAGUUCAACCUUGGUGAGCCACAAAAGACUCCACACAGGAGAGAAGCCAUACCAGUGCCAGGAGUGUGGGAAAUGUUUUGCUUGCAGUUCAACCUUGGUGGGCCACAAAAGACUCCACACAGGAGAGAAGCCAUACAAAUGCCAGGAGUGUGGGAAAUGUUUUGCUGAAAGUUCAGCCUUGGUGGGCCACAAAAGACUCCACACAGGAGAAAAGCCAUACCAAUGCCAGGAGUGUGGGAAAUGUUUUGCUUGCAGUUCAACCUUGGUGGGCCACAAAAGACUCCACACAGGAGAAAAGCCAUACAAAUGCCAGGAGUGUGGGAAAUGUUUUGCUGACAGUUCAAACUUGAUGAGCCACAAAAGAGUCCACACCAGGGAGAAGCCAUACAAAUGUGAGGAGUGUGGGAAAUGUUCUGUUUCCCAUUCAGACUUGGUGAAACACAAAAGACUCCACACAGGAGAGAAGCCAUACAAAUGCCAGGAGUGUGGGAAAUGUUUUGCUGACAGUUCAAACUUGAUGAGCCACAAAAGACUCCACACAGGAGAGAAGCCAUAUAAAUGCCAUGAAUGUGGAAAAUGUUUUACUCAGAGUUCAGCCCUUGACCGGCACCAGAGAACACAUACCGGGUAAAAAACAGCCAUUGUGGGUAAAUGUCUGAUUUCAAACAGGACCCUUUGAGAAGUUCUGCGUCAGAUUUGGUGAAGUCCCCGUUCUUGUCAUUUGAACCUGUAAGUUGGAGGUCUGUUCUCUGGAGCAGCAGAAAGAAAGCUCUGUGUGACAAUCCUUCAGAGCAGUGGUUCUCAACCUGUGGGUCCACAGAUGUUUUGGCCUUCAACUUCCAUAAAGCCUAACAGCUGGUAAACUGGCUGGGAUUUCUGGGAGUUGUAGGCCAAAACACCCGGGGACCCACAGGUUGAGGACCACUGCUUCAGUGUCAGUUCCUGGAAGGUGUAGGAGACAAAGAUAGGCUCACACAGCUUGUAGCUAUGGAAAACUUUAUUGAAUCCGCCUUGCCAAAAUGGCCGCAAAGCUUCUACUGCCCGUCUUCCGCUCUUUCCCCUCAGUAUAUUGGGUGGUUGCUUCCCUCCUCCCUUCACGUCUCUUCUUCUCCAUUCACACCUCCCUUUCCUUUUGUCCUUUCCCACGUUUGAAGACCAGACCCUGUCAUAAACCAGCCUUCCCAGCCAAAUUUAUCCGAUUUGUUGUAGUCAGGUGUGAAAAGAACAGCUUGGAGAAUGCUGAUCUUUUUGCAUCCUGACAUUCAGAGAGUUAAAUAUGAUUGUCUUGUCACCUCGUCUGAAAAGAAAUAAACCAUAUGUGAUUCCA